CCAUGAAAACUACAGAUGAUAAGAGUAUAUAACUACUGGAAGUUGGAGCUUCAUCCACGAUACUCACUAUGUAACGUACUACUUAUCUCAACUCGUCACCCUCUAGUUGCUGCUUAUUUUAUAUUCUUGUGGUGUAUUUUAACGAUCGGUUUUGCUAAAACUGGAUGUAGAUCCAUAUAGUGAUCGCUGCAAGUCGAUCACCCGCGCCUACUCCCUAGCUUAGGUUUUGCUUAACAAGCUAUCUUUUUGGUUAGGCAAAAAAAGUUGUAGUCUGAUUAGGAACCUUGGAGAGAGUGAGUUAAAUGGAAGUUAAUUGUUAGGGUAUCUUUGAAAGAUCUAAUCAAAUAAGAAAUUGAUAUUUUUGUAUGAAUUCUUAUUGUAAAAUUACUAAAAUAUAUAGAUUUCCUAUUAUCGUAUAAUAUAUAAUUAUUAUUUGUAGUCUCUUUUUCCAGCUCUGUUUAUUAUAUAACGUGCGGCCUUCUGUGUUGUAUUAUUAUAUAUAUGGAACCCUAAGUAUAAACAAUACUGGUCGAAAGGGGGAACAUUACUGGAAGAAAGAAUGAGGGUAUUCAAGAAGAAAGUAUUAUUGAGCAAAUCAGACAUGGAUGAAGAAGAGAAGAAGACGAGAGAGACCCAAACCAUGGUCUCAAGUAGACAAUAUUCCUCCUGAUGUAACCUUGGAGAUACUCUCAAGGCUUCCUCCAAAAUCGAUCAUGAGACAUCGAUGUGUCUCGAAGCUGUGGUCUUAUUUGACCUCACUUCCAAGUUUUAUCAACUCGUUCACGUCUCGGUCUACUUCACGACCACCGACUCUUAUGGUCACCUUAUCAUCAGAAUCGGCAAAAUAUGUAUUAUUCUUCCCUACCACCCCGAAACCGUCAAGUUAUUCUCCAUUAUACAGUUAUGAAAUAACAAACUUAGAUUGGAAAGAUUCGCGAUCCGAGAGCAUCCAUGGAUUGAUUUUAACACCCGUAUUCAAGAUUUGGAACCCAACCUUGAGACAGUUUUUAGCCUUACCACAUCCUCCUGCUCAGCACAGCUCAAGUCGAGGUUGGUCGUCUUAUUUAGGAUACGAUCCAUUGGAGUGUAGACACAAAGUACUUUGUGUAGUAUCUAAAAUAUACUCGGGUCAGCCUCUGAUUCUUACGUUGGGAGCUCAAGAAUCAUGGAGAAUAAUAUCCGAAGGACGUUGCCCUAUCCAUCGCCCAACUGGAGGAUAUGGGCGAUGCGUCAAUGGGAUUCUGUAUUAUAGAGCUUGUCUUCUUGGUGAUGAUCAAGAAAUAAUAAUGAGCUUUGAUGUCAAAUCUGAAAACUUCAAUAUUAUAAAAUUACCGGAGGGUUCUAGUCAGCUUUAUAUGAUACCUUAUGAGGGAAGGGUAGCCUUAGUUGCUCAUGAUUAUCAUGUUGUUAAACUUUAUAUUUUGAAAGAUGCACAUGGGCACGAAUGGAAAAGCUUUAUUUUUAAUGUGCCAUCUGAGAGGGUGCGGAUGGAAUCUAUGCGUUUCAGGGGUACUACAGAUGCUGGUGAGUUUAUAUUUGCUGCAUAUCGUUCCAGUGAAGACCUUUAUAUUAUAUAUUUUGAUCGAAGGAGAAAUAGUACUAGAGUAGUCUUUUUACAAAGAUAUAUGGAUGACUUUAGACGCUGUUGUGGACUUGCUAGCAACAGCAUGUUAACCAUGCAAGUUUUCCCAAAUCACAUCUAG